AUGCCUCCCAAACGAACGGCCUAUGAGGCCAUUGAUCUUACAGGGGAUGACGACGACGCGCCCUCGUACUCGUCGCAAUCCUUCGGUCGUUCGUCGCAGUACCCGUCAUCAUCGCAAGGAUACGCACACUCUCAUGCCCAUUCUUCAAGCCCGCGCCGCGCACGCAAACAAGCGCGUACAUCAUUCAACCAAGCGCAGCGCACUACAUCUGGAUCGUCGCAAGCUGAAGCCAUCUCCAUAGACGAAGACGAAGACGAAGACGAAGAAGACGACGCCUCCCAGGAAGUCCCGGAUGCUACACAAGCCUACAAUCAGCAACAAUACGAAUUCGUACUAUACGGAGCAAUGCAUGGGAAGAUUGUGGGUGUGCGAUACUACAACGGAUAUGCAACAAACGGUGAGACGGUGGUACUAAGGCGAGAACCCCAUAACGAGUACGACAGCAAUGCGAUCAAAGUAAGCAAUGUGCAGGGCGAACAGAUUGGGCACCUUCCACGAGGUCUCGCAGCCAAGUUAGCCAGAUACAUGGACGAACGCAGUCUGCUCAUUGAGGCGCAACUUACAGGGGAGAAGGGCUUCUACGACUGCCCGGUCGAGCUUAAGCUGUACGGAACCAAUGAUCCAGAUGUGCAGCAGACUCUUAUGGCACGAAUGCGAAGUGACAAACUCCCUAUUGGACAUGCUUCAGAUCGAAAGCGUAAGGAGGCUGCGGCCGCGAAGGAACGCGAGCGAAUAGCUAAGCAAGCCGCCAAACAAGCCAAAAAGAAGGGUGCUACUGUUGUGGACAUUGGUGCCGACCAAGCCAUGCAAAACAGCAUGGCCGAAUAUGCUGCUGGUUCUUCGCAGGGUUCCGGCCUCGGGCCAGGGCCUAGCAUGGAGGAUAUCCUCGGUGAUAGUGUGCGCUUCAACCCUAGGAAUGUCGAAGAGAUGGUUGAGGAGUAUGGUAUCAAAGAAGAAGACCUGGCAAAAAUGCCACAAGCGCCCCAACCCGACGCUCUUCUUACUGAGCUACACUCCUUCCAGUUGCAAGGUCUGCAGUGGAUGCUCGAUAAAGAAAGCCCCAAGCUCCCAGCCUCAGGCACCAAAGACGUAGUCCAGCUUUGGCGACGACACACUCAUAUACCAAAUGCGUUCACAAAUAUCGCAACAAGCUUCUCGAUCCAGAAUCCGGCACUAGCUUCCGGGGGUAUACUGGCCGACGAUAUGGGCUUGGGCAAGACUAUCCAGACCAUCUCCCUUAUCAUGGCAGACCGCGCACUUAAUCUUCGUGCAAAGGAUUCCUCAGGCGCCACGCUGAUCCUUGCCCCCGUAUCAGUAAUGAGCAACUGGAGCACGCAGAUGAAGAAGCAUGUCAAGCCUGAACACGCUCUUCGUGUCAUGUUCUGGCAUGGUCAGAGAAAGGAACCCAUCACACCCAAAUCAAUCGAGAACUACGAUGUCGUAAUUAGCACAUACGAAUCUGUCUCUUCUGAUUGGUACUCGCAAACGAAGCCUACUCUCCCACGGCGUUCCGGACCUUUCUCUAUCAAGUGGCGUCGGGUCAUAUUGGAUGAGGGUCAUGGCAUAAGGAACCCGAAAGCGAAGAAGACUAUCGCCAUUACAAAUCUGAUGGCGCAAUCUCGAUGGACACUUACCGGCACGCCGAUUAUCAACAAUUUCAAAGAUCUCUACUCCCAAGUUCGUUUCUUGCGUCUUUCGGGUGGCCUCGACUCUUUCGAAAUCUUCCACAGUGCCAUUAUGCGCCCUGUCAUGCAAGGCGAUGUCCAGGGCCACAAGGUACUCCAGCAGCUGAUGUCGGGUGUCUGUCUACGUCGCAAGAAGGAGAUGUCGUUCAUCGACCUACGGCUACCUGAGCUCUCUGAGUACGUACACAAGAUCAAGCUGCAUCCACACGAACAGGAGAAGUAUGAUGCCUUGGAGGCUCAGGCCAAGGGUACGCUGGACAUUUAUAAGCACAACAUCGGGAAGAAAAACGCCGGAGAUACUUAUCGCCAUCUCCUGGAAGUGUUGCUUCGAAUGCGACAAGUUUGCAACCACUGGCAACUGGUGGGUGAAGAGCGUCUCGACUCCAUCAUGAAGCAGCUUGAAGCAGAAGGCGUUGUCGAUUUGACAGAAGAGAACAAAGCGGCGCUCCAGAAGAUGCUUCGACUUUCCAUUGAAUCACAAGAAGACUGUCCGAUCUGUUUGGACGUUUACAAGGAGCCGGUCAUAACCAAAUGCGCCCACAUCUUCUGUACGCCCUGUGUAGAACGCGUUAUCGAAACCCAACACAAGUGCCCCAUGUGCCGUGCCGAGCUUGAGUCUCUUGCAACCACAACUGUCAAGCCUGCAAAGGAAAAAUCUGGCGCCGCUCCAGCGCCUUUGACACAAGACCAGAUUGCAGAUAAGGAAUCUCUAGAGAAGAACACUAGCACAAAAGUCGAGGCCCUCCUCGACAUACUUCGGGCAUCAGCCAACGACCCGACAAACAAGACAAUCAUCUUCAGCCAAUGGACUUCUUUUCUCGAUAUCCUAGAACCACACCUCACACUCUAUGGUCUAAAGUACGUCCGCAUAGAUGGCUCCAUGUCCGCAACACAACGUGACGUCGCCCUCGAAGCCCUAGACUCCGACCCAGCCACAACCAUCAUGCUCGCCUCGCUCGCCGUAUGCAGCGUCGGUCUUAAUCUCGUCGCCGCAAACCAAGUCAUCAUGGCAGAUUCAUGGUGGGCGCCUGCCAUCGAAGAUCAAGCUGUAGAUCGCGUGCAUCGGCUGGGGCAGAAGCGCGAGACGACAGUAUUCCGAUUAGUGGUUGAGGGAAGUGUGGAGGAGCGUGUAUUGGGUAUUCAAGAAGAGAAGAGAAAGUUGAUGGGUUUGGCGUUUGCAGAGAAGGAGGGUGGAAAGCAGAGGAAGAAGAGGGCUGGUGCUGGACUGGGUGAUCUGCAAAGGCUGCUGGGUACGCAACAGCCUGCUACUCAGACGCAGACACAGACAGAAGCUGGCUAG